CGCGACCAACAACGUUGUGGCUCUCGCUCUGCGUGGUAUUUCGUUUCGUUUUGUUUCGUUUCGUUUCGUGCUGUCUGCUGCCCCUGCGCCUGCGCGACUUUUGAACCUUCUUCAAUCAGCAAUCCAGUGGUAGAGCGAGAGAAGGAGAGACAACUAACUCCUACGCCUGCGCCGCUGUCUAUGUGUUGCUGAGCUGAGCGAUUUCCAUCAUGGACACCGGAAGUGUGGUUAGCGAACCGAUUUCCGCGCAUCAUCGCGCCUUUGCCAAACAGAAAUCCGCCUCCAUGACCAUUCUGAAUCCGAAGGGUUGUGGCAGUGCUGCCAAGUACAGUCUCCACACGACAGUGGCAGCCGAGAGCCAUGAGGGCAGUCACACGACCACCCACAGCUCUUCCACCGGAAGACGGCGCAAGGGCGGCUCCCUGGGCGGAACGCUCUCAUCCCGCUCCACGCGCAGCGAGUCAAAGGAGCUUCGUUCGGCUCUGCAGGAUCGCGAGGCCGUCAUCCAGAAUCUGCGCAUCCAGCUGUGUCUGGGAAAGCUGCCACGGCCCAGCGGACCGCCGCUGGACGAUUCAGAGAAACCGGCAGCCGAGCAAAAGCUGAGCCGGCUGAAGUCCGAGGCGGAAAAUAAGCGCAUCAAGAUCAAGAACCUAAAGAGCGCCCUCGAGAAGCUAGAUAUCACAGACAACAUCGACAUACGCAUCCGUCAGGCAGAACUGGAGUAUGCCCUCGGCCGGGAGGAGCUUCAGAUGCUUUCCAUAGUGGAGGAGGCUCGGGCCCUGCAGGCCAGGUUGGAGAAGUCCAAGCCGGAGGCCCAGACCCUCUACAAUAUCAUUAGCUCUGGGGUAUCGCUCAGCCUGCAUGCGGUGCAUGCGACGUCCGGACGAUGGGCAGCCCAGCAGCGGGCCGAUCAGCCGGGAUUCUAUGUGGAGUGGGCCCUGGAGGGCGACGGACUGUACAAGGGCGAUCGCAUUCUGGAGAUCAACGGGCGCCUGGUGACCAGCAAGACCAAAGAGGAGCUGCAGAAGCAUGUGGGCAACUCCGGAAAGUGCCAAAUGGUGGUGCUGCGAAAGAAAUCCCUCCCUAUCCCCCAGAAGCAGCUCGACCAGGAGAAGGAGAACAACAUGCGACUGCAGCAUCGAAUCUCUUACUUGGAGGAGCAGGUGAAAGAGCUACAGACAGUCAAGGAGCAGCCACAUCACCAGCAGCAGCAGCACCAACAGCACCAGCAGCUGCAUCAGACACCCACCAGCCAGUCGCAGCAUGUGACCAGCAUUAGUAUCUCAUCUCCCCCUUCGACACCGCCCGAGAAGCCGCUGAUCUUCCAGCGGGGCAACUACAUCACCACCCUGGUGGGCGGCAAGCCAAUUGAACUGAUGGGCGAUGAUAGCGCCCAGACGCCAGCGCAUGUGACCAAGACCCUGAUCAAGGAGAACACCCACAUCGACCUGCGCGAGCGUCUUCCCCACAUGUAUUCCAUGCCCUCGAAGUCGCUCUCCGCCUCGAAGAUCUCCAUCAACAGCGACUCCGCCUACAUGCAGCACCACAGGCGCGAGAAGGAGCGUCACCGGGAGCGUCGGCCACGCGACCCCCUCCAGCAGCAACAGCAGCUCCACCGCGAGCAUCUGAUGAGCGGACAUGCCCGCAGUGUGGAGCACCUCAACCAGUACAACGGACUGGAACGUCGUCGGGAAACGCCGCGCCAGAGCGAGGCGCAGACCCUGCGCACUCGACUGCCCAGCGAUAUGAGGAGCGUCAAGUCCCUGGACUUUGACAGCGAGAACGAAUCCAGACCAGCGACAGAGACUCGCACAGUGCGACCGACGCCACCGAAGAAGCCCCUGCGGCUGUCUCUGCAGCGGGCCCAGAGCCUACAGACCGUGGAACUGCACCCCGGCCACGACCUGGAACGGAAGCGACCGAUGAAACGGAUGCAUCACAACAAUAACAACCACAACAAGACCGCAGCCUCGCCCACGGACGAGGGCCAGACGAUGCUCAUCGAGAGUUGCAGUCCGCUGCACACAGCCUCUCUGGGCAGGCACAAGCUCAUCUAAUGGGUGGGAAACACCCGCCACGUAGUGUUAAUGGAACUAUCUUAAACCCCGACUGCUAGCAGAUGGCAGUUGACACCAACAGGCGGACAUGUGCAAAAUUAUAAUUAGAAUUACGUUUACCAUUAGCAGUCUCUUGCGUAAAUUGUUGAGAGGUUCACUUGUACUCUACAUAUAUCGUAGUUGUUGUAGAGCUCGGUGUGCACUGUACUUACAUUCUACAUCGACAAGUAGGGCUUGGCUAUAGUCUUGUAGUAUAAGCAGACCUGAUAAUUGAGAGAUUAUUGUAUGAUGAUUUUAUUAGCACAAUUUAUACAGACAUUAAUGUAAAUACACAAAUAAACUUAUUCAUUUUA